GCUCUACUCUACCUUUACAAGGAAUAUCUAGAAGUUCGAAUAGUUUAACCUCUGCCCAACCUCCGCCAUCCAGUUCUCUUUCUUUUAUCUCUUCUGUGAUAUCUCGUGGUGGGCGCACCACCAGCAACACCUCCCCUGGAGUGAGAGCUCCGCCCCCCUCCAGCCAGGGGCCUCGAACCCCCGGCCACACCUCCGCCGGGAAAAUAAUCUCUAAAAAAUUGUUUCGAACCCGGAGUAAAUCUUCUAACAGAGCCAGUAGUAUUCCUAUACCUUCCCCUUGGAUUCCACAGGAUGACUGUAGUUGGAAGCAUGUUACUGGUCAGCAGGUGUUCCUUCAGGACUCAACCCUUCUUCAUCUACUAGAAAUAGAACGAAUAUUCCUUCAGAAACUAGCUCAGAGUGGUUUGGCAGCUUGUGAUCUGGGAACCAUCAUCCGAAUACCAAAAGACAUGAAGGAACGUAACGAAGUGUCUAAGACAAGGAAAAGAGCAAAUUUACUCAAGAAAAAAGUUCUUUCCGCCGGAAACCUUGGACCUAAACCAGAUAAAGACUUGAAGAAAGGAGGAGAUGGUGCUGUAUUUGGUAUACCGAUCAAUCAAUGCGUAGAACUCUCAAGAAAAAAGUCAACUACAGACAUUCCACCAGACGAGAUCUUAUCUCCUACUUCUAAAUCGAGUCGAAGUGACAGUCGAACCUCCUUUGGAUCCAUUUUUGAUGCUCUUCAGAAGGAGAAACUUCAGGAUAGGAGUACGGGUAGCUUGGAGAGUUUAAACCUGGAUAUAAGACGAUCAUCCUACGCGGCAGAUUCUCAAUCAGGGUUGGAUACUCUCUCCUAUACAAGCUGUGACAGAUUACUAGAGGGCCCAUCAGAGAUUCCAGAUAGAAUAAAUCCACAACCCAACAUUCCAUCCGUAGUUAACACAUGCAUUAAAUAUCUGGAGCUUCAUGGUCUUCACACUGUUGGCAUUUUUAGAGUUGGAACAAGCAAGAAACGGGUUAGGCAGCUUCGAGAGGAUUUUGACAGUGGGGCAGAUGUAAUUAUUGCUGAGGAUGUGAGUGCUCAUGAUGUUGCAACCAUUCUCAAGGAAUUUUUCCGUGACCUGCCUGAACCACUUCUCCCGAGAGAGAUAUAUCAUCCUUUACUCGCAGUACAAAAAAUCCGCAACCGUAAACAGCAGAUUGAAGCGAUGAAAAAAAUCAUACAGCUUUUACCCCAGGUGAAUAGAGACACCCUGUACGUUCUUCUAAACUUCCUUCAUCUUGUAGCAGAGAAUAGUGAAGAUAGAAGGGGACCUCAGGGUGAGGAAAUAGCUGGAAAUAAGAUGGACUCUAACAAUCUUGCAACCCUGUUUGCUCCUAAUAUUCUUCACUCAAUGAAAAAUACAGAUGGGGCUGUAUCACCAGAGAACCCGGCCAAAGCUGCAGAAAGAACUGAAACCAUUAACAUUGUCAGAAGUUUAAUAGAUUACAAUAGAGAGUUGUUUGAGUUAACUUCAGAGGAAUUACACGAGCUGUACCUGAAAAUGAAUGAAGAGGUUCCAGAGGCAAUGGAUUAUCAGCUCCGACGAAGAGCAAUCAUCAAUGGAGACGAGUAUGUUGAUUUGUUUGAUGGUCACCUGAUUUAUGACAUGCCUGAACCAAGAUUACUCGGUCCUAAUGAUCCACAUAUAGCAGAGCAUAACGAUAGAAAAUUAUCAAAAAGUGAUAUUCAUCCAAUCUUUGAACUGGAGGGAAGUGGAGGAGAAGUAGAGGAGGAAGAAAGGUUGCGACGCAAAGAGGAGGAACGAGGUAGAGCCAGAAGAAGAGGGUCCGAGGAAACACAGGAGAAAGGAGGCAGCUGGUUUAGGUUCCGUGAAAAGUCUGAUAGUUCUGAAUCUGGAGAAACCAAAUGGUUUAAUAAGAAGAGAGAUAAGAGUCAAUCAACCAGUUCUAUGAGAACUCCAUCUUCUGAAUCUGUGAUUAUGCCACCUGCCCGCGGGUCCCAAUGUGAUAAGCAGGGUAUAGUGACCGGUACACUUAAGAUUAAUGUGACCGGGCUCCAGGGCCAGGGUGGUCAGGCCGGUCAAUCUGACCCAGGAGGUCAAGAACCAUGUGAGGAAGAGGAGAGAAGGCAAAAGGGUGUUCUGGGAAAACGAGUUGUUCUGCGCCGUCUCAGCCAUGAUGGCGAGGGAAAAGUUCUCUCUUGUGAGAUUCAUAUUCCAACAAUACGGAGCGCUGGAUCUCAAAACACUGAUUCCAUAGUAUACUCAAGCCGUGGUGUAUCACCUAGUGAUCCUGUUUUCUUUGGAUCAGGGUCCAGUACACCCAGCAACCCCAUGUCCCCAGGUUUGGUCUUAUUGGAGCCCGCUGUGUUCAGUGGGCCACCAUCACCUAUGUCAGUGACUCCUACGCCAGAGAAGCGUAAUUUAACACGUGCUGAAGUUGAAGUAGAGACACACUACCUGGAUUCUAGGGGCCGGGGACAGGGGCAGGAUGUGUCCCUAGUCCUAAAACCGGUUCCUAUACGGAACAAACCUUCGCCGGCAGAUUCAGUUCAAACUUUGGUUAAUGAACCAAUUCCAGAUAUUCAGGUGUCUUCUGCCGAUAGAGGCCACAGUCCCAAUCCUCUAGGGCUUCGAAGGUUAAAGGAUGAAAAUCUUGCAUCCUCUAGUUUAAGCCUACCUCCGGAGUCCAAUGGAUCCCGUCCUUCAGUACUCUCUGCAUUUAGCUAUGACAUGAGAUCAAAGACAGAUAAUCUUGACCGCUUGAUCAACGAGGUUGAACGGUCCUCAGCUGAUAACCUCACUGCUGGCAGUGGGCGGGAGGUUAAGAAAUAUAUUAGACGACGCUACACAGAUUCACGACAUCCAACAACAGAACUUCCAGAUGUAAGAGGAGAUCCACUUCCCUCAGUACAAGAUCCACCACUACGAAAAUCAAGGUCUAAGCAAAACCUAGGUUCUAGUUCUCAGAUACCUACAGAUGAACCUGAUGCAGCCGUAUCUGUAGCAGUAGCCGGGCAGGUCACUGAACGGGCAAGCUACAAGCGGUGGCAGAAAACAAGCAGUAGAUAUUUAGAUACUGACUAAAGAUUACCAAAUACUUAGAUGUAGACUAAAGAUUACAAAAUACAUAGAUGUAGACUGAAGAUUACCAAAUACUUAGAUGUAGAAUGAAGAUUACCAAAUACUUAGAUGUAGACUGAAGAUUAUCAAAUACAUAGAUGCAGACUGGAGAAUUACCAAAUACUUAGAUGUAGACUGAAGAUUACCAAAUACUUAGAUGUAGACUGAAUAUUACCAAAUAUUUAGAU